UUCGCCCCAAGUGCUGCUGGGAAAACAUGGCCGCUCUCAUAACAGUCGCAUAUACGUAGCUUCGCUAUAGGUUAUUACAGUUUAAUGUUCAAAUAAGGUCGAAUGUAGACUGAACACAAUGCCUCAAUACUACGAAGAUAAAGAGGAGGAUGCUCGCGCUUGUGCUGGAAUCAGAGAAGAUUUUAAAGCCUGUCUCCUUCAGCAUGACUGCGUUGUAAAGGAAGGUAAAAAGCCCAGUGAGUGUCUGAAGGAGGGACACUGCAGAGGCCUGCAGGUUUCUUUCUUUGAAUGUAAAAGGUCAAUGCUGGACACAAGAUCUCGGUUCAGAGGCAGAAAAGGCUACUAACGGGACCCUGAUUUUCAAGACUUUUACAAGGUGUCAGGAGCAGGAGAUGAGAUCUCAGCUAAAUGACAUUGUAAUUUCACUUUAAAUAUGAGCUUUAUUUGACAUUAUUUAAGGCACUGGGCUACUGAAGGUUGUGAAUUCAAAUCCCAGCAUUCCAAGGUACCACUGUUGGGUCCUUGAGCAACAAGUUGUUUCCUGUCUCAGUUGUAAGUCACUUUGGAUAAAAGCAUCAGCCAAACAAGAAAUGUGAAUGUGUUGAUUUACUCUAAGUUACUCCAAGUAGCACUUAAAGGUUCACACCAAGAUGUAAGCUCAUAAUUGUGUUGUGACACACAAUGGCUUGAGGGUUGUGUGAAUAAAAUUCAAUUUGUUUGUUAGU